AGUUCCUCACUUCUCCCUAAGCGCAGCUCAGAGCAGGCAGCGCCAGCCCUCGACGGGAGCCCCGCCGUCUCGCCCGAGGAAGACUUUGAGUUUCGUUUCAUUUUCUCUCGCUCUUCUGGACGGGGAAUUCCUCCUCCUGCUUUCUUCAGUCCGUUCUUCACAGCCCCACCUCCGCUCAGUCAAAGCAGAAAGGUAAGUCAAGGGACAGGUUGAUCUCCUCCACAAGCAAAAGGCUGUCCAUGGGAAACACGCUUCCCGUCUGCGUUAGACUCCCUCUCGCAAAAGAGCAACAGGCUCCGGAGGGACCCCACUUCUGCAACAGGUGGGUAUUCAGAUUAAAUGCAGAAGAAGACCAGGAUAAAUUAACCCGGGUUGGUGUUAUUCGCAAGGAACACCUAAAGCUGCAUCGAAGUGGAAAGAGGAAAUCGCAACACAAUUAAUUCCACAGCCUGAUCUAAACCUAAGGAUUCCAUGAUAGGGUUUCUCAUUUUUGGAAACGGAAUCAUUCUAGAUAAACGCUAGAUGAUGCUUAAUCUUGCUUGUUUAAAAACCACAUGAUUUCCAAGGUCUUUAAAACAUAGUUUUUGGUUGUUUGUAGUAUGUCUGCUCCAGGUACUUCAGCUGAAAUUUUGGAGUGGUUCAGAGCCCAUAAAAUGGAGAUUUCUCUUGCAAUUAGAGACCCGUUUCCUUUUCUCUGUGGCCUGCGAGACAAGAAUAUAAUCUCUGAAGAAAAUUUUCAGGUGACUAUUGUAUCUAACUGAUGCAAUUAUUUUCUGCUUAAAUUCCUACUUUGUUGCUCAAUUCAAUUUUUUAACAUAAUUUUUAAUGCAUUGUAAAUUUGCUGUUUUUAAUUGAUUAUAAUUUAGUAAUAUUUAUUGCUAUCGUUGAGAGUGAAUUUCUGUUUAAUUAUUAUUUGUUGAUACUUUGGGAGUGUCGUGCUUUAUUCUAAAUGAUUAUCUCAUAUUCCUUUAUUUGAUAUAAGAUAUUUAUUUUAAGUCACAUUUUUAUUAUGACUUCUUUGUUUUGCACCGGAUUGUUAUGUGUGUCCUUGUAUAUUUUGUUGGUUCUUCAUAUUGUAAACUGUCUUGUGUAAAGCAAUAUAGAAAGAUGGUAUACAAAUUAAAAGUGAGAUGAAAUAAAUCAGCAACAACUAGGCCCCUGACAACCUUCGAAAACCUCCUCCUAACAACAAAGGGAAACGGUAAAGGGACGGUAUCCGCAAUAUACAAAAUACUACUCCAUAAUCCCGCAAAUCCCCUAGACGCAAUCAAAAAACAAUGGGAGAAUGACAUAGGCUAUGAGAUUAACCCCACUCAAUGGACAAGAAUGUGGUCUAAUCCCCCUUUAAAUCCAUAUCAACGAAAAGAAAAGAACUCACACUGAAACUCACCUACAGGUGGUACCUAACACCAAGGAAACUAGCGCUAAUACACCCAGGAACCUCACCAAAAUGCUGGAGAGGGUGCACCUCCACAGGCACAUACCUCCACAUGUGGUGGGAGUGUCCCAAAAUCCAACUAUUCUGGACAACAGCCAUACAAGAAAUAUGUAAAAUAACUAAGCAAGUAAUAGACAUCACCCCAGAAUUGGCCUUACUAAACAUCUUCCAAGACAACAAUGCCCAUUUACACCACAAAGAACUCAUAACCCACCUGCUCUCAGCAGCCAGAAACACCAUAACCAGACACUGGAGAGACCUGUCAGGAGUAAGCAUGGACCAAUGGUACCAAAUAGUAUGGGAAACAGCACUACUAGAAAAAUUAACUAAUAAACUGAAACUGACACGGGGACAAACAGAAGAAGACGCCUUCACCCCGGUAUGGCUCCCCUUUAUCACAUACACAGCCCAACAGGACAAUGACAAUAAUCCACCAACAGCAUACAAAUCAAUAUGGCUAACCUGAUCCAAAACACCCACCCACCUCACUCACACACGAAAACAAAGAUCACCAUAGCCAACCACAAAUGAACAGCCACACCCUAGGCCAACCCCAACCUCUCUCACCACCAAAGGAACACAAGUGAACAACACAAGCAACGCUGACACCAAACUCUACAUACAUUAAACAUAAUAGAAACACCGCCACCCGACCCCACCCCUAUCCAUCUUCCCUCUCUCCACCCCCCCUUUCUUUUUUCUUUUUCUUUUUUUUCCUUCUCCCCCUAAUGCCUCAACAAAUGAAAUGGAUUUGUAAAAAUGUUACAUGGAAAGAAAAAAUACGAGGCACUACACUUCUGUAAAACAAGAAAAUCCUUAAUAAAAUAUAUAUACAUGUGGGGGAAAAAAAAAAGUGAGAUGAAAUGAAAUAGCAGCAGCCUGGAUAGCUAAAUUGGUUAGAACAUGGUGCUGAUAACACCAAGACUGCAGGUUUGAUCCCUGCACAGGACAGCUGCAUAUUCAUCCAUUGCAGAGGGUUGGACUCAAUCAUUCUCAGGGUCCUUUCCAAUUGCGCAAUUCUACGAUAAUAAUAAUAAUAAUUAUAAUUUAUUAUUUAUACCCCACCCAUCUGGCUAGGUUUCCCCAGCCACUCCCCAAAACACAAUACAGCAUUUAACAUUAAAAACUUCCCUAAACAGGGCUGCCUUCAGAUGUCUUCUAAAAGUUGGAUAGUUGUUUAUUUCCUUGACAUCUGAUGGGAGGGCAGGCACAGGGCAAGCGCUGCUAUUGAAAAGGCCCUCUGCCUGGUUCCCUGUAACCUCACUUCUUGCAGUGAGGGAACUGCCAGAAGGCCCUUGAUGCUGAUUCUACGAUUCCAUCCAGGUUGUGGCUUGUUUCUGAAAAAGUGGCCUUGAGUCUUCCUCUGCCAUUGGUAAAAGGCAUAGGAUAGGAUGUUAGUGUUCAGAGAAAUGUAAGCUGCGCAACGUAUUUGAACUUGGCAAAGGAGGAUAAAAUUACAUUGACAAUUUCUGCUUCCUUUGAUGGUGCUGGGAUGAUUAUCCAAACAAUCUGCUGUUAGAUCUGGUGGGAAAUGGGAAAGUUACUCUGUAUUUUCAGUCUAAAAGAUGUUUUGAAGACAGAGAUUUAAAAACCCUGUAUUGUUUCUUUCUAGAAUUGUCAAGAUUGGGUAACUGCAAAUCCAAAUGUUAUUCAAAGAGUGGUAUAUUAUGUCCUUGAGAACAUUCAGGGCAAUCUGUCAGCAAUAGAGGAGAUCUUCUGCAGCAGUAACCUGGCAGCAUAUCAAGACUUACAGCCACUAUAUGAAAGCCUAGGAAAUGGUAAAUCAUCUUGUAUUGGGGACUAAACCUACCAGUUGAGCCUUAAAGAUAUAUAGCCAAAAAGAAACAAAUUCAUUCGGAUUUGAGGAAUGGUAUAGUCAAUGUUUGAGCCACAAAGCCUUGUUCAAGUCUUUUCCCAGCCAUGCAUUUACUUUGUUUCAGUCCUUUGCCUGCCACCACAAAUGACAUACUUGUGCAUUAAUAUAUGUAUUGAAAAUUAUUGAUAGGCUGGUAUUUAUUUUGAAAUAUAACAAUGUGGUUUACAAAAUAAAACCAGUUUGCCAGAAUGAUGAUAAAACAUAAACCAGCAUAUUCAAAGUUCAGUAAAACUGGUCCUAAGGAUCAUUGCCCUAUGCAAAUAGGUAAGUUUUCACCAGCAGGCAGAGCAGCUGCAUUCCCCUGUAAUGUGGGGGCCACAGUAGAGAAGGCCCUUCUCUGGGCCCCCAUAAGAUGCACAUUUUCUGGAUGCAGCACGACUAGUAGGUCCUCUUUUGAGUUGCCGUAAGACACACCAUGAUUAGAAAGCUUCCAGAGAUGACAGCGAGCAGCUUGCCUUCAGACUGCUGUCAUUUGUUGGCAGCCCAAAAUAUGGGAACUGUAACCUUUGACAUCUGUUUCUUCAUUUCAUCUUGGAAAAGGGAUGCAAGAGCAAAGUCUGGAUUUCCAGGGCACGACACUGCCCGUAACCUGUGGAACAGCACAAGGCAUUUUACAUACGGAUAUAUUUGCAACAGGUAAUCAUUUGGAAGAGUAAAUGUAUAAUUACAUCUGUUUAAGGGAUGCGAUACCAAUAGCAAAUUUAAAAAAUGGUGUUUGCAUAAAUGUGUGGUGUUGGGAGGAGGAGGCAUCAAUGUGGGUGGUAUGUGAGUAUUUUUUAUUUUCUGGGAAUACUUCGAAUACUAAUAUCCUAUAAAGCUCUUUAAUUAUAUUCCACUGUAUCCUGUGAACCUGGGCAAGCCUAAAAUAAUUCCAUCAGUACCACAAUGGUGCAAUCAGUGCUUUUGAAAUCUUUCCCUAUUUAUUAAUGCAUGCUUAAAUGAUUUUAUUUAGCUUUAAAUGUUUUGUUUUUGUAACAGAACAGUGUCAUGUCGAUUCUCUUUAUCAUUAAUGCAUUAUUCUACAUUUAUAUGUGGCAGUUAUCACAACCCAUAAAUCUGAAUGAAAAGUAAUUGGCGAUUGCUCCCAUUUUUUCAAAAAAUAAAGAAACAAUUUAUUGUGACCGUGUACAAGAGGGACAGGGAGGAAAGCAGGUGGCAGGGAGUCUAGCUGAGGUGAUGGGCUGGUUCAUUCUGAGGGGCCCUGAAGUUUGGCAUUAGCCGUGAUCAGCCUGAAGUUUCUUUCCGACUUCCACACCACCAUCUCUGCUUCUUUCUCUCUUCAGUGAAGUCUGCUGAAUGGGAUAGGUCAGGCAUAGGCAACCUUGGCCCACCAGAUGUUUUGGGACUACAUUUCCCAUCAUCCCUGACCACCAGUCCUGUUCACUAGGGAUCAUGGGAGUUGUAGUCCCAAAACAUCUGGCGGGCCGAGGUUGCCUAUGCCUGGUAUAGGUGCAUAACAUUAAUGAGACUGUUCUGUUUGUCAAAGGAGUUUCAAGAAAAAGUAUUGAGGGUCCCAAUGGAAAGUGGCUCACACCAUCACAAUUUGAGAGUGAAGGAGGACGUAAACACUGGAAAUGGUGGAGGAGAAGUAUCCAAUGUGGGACGACUUCAUUAGACACAUUAAUAAAGGUACGCAGUUCACUUGUAACCGCCGUAAUUUUAAUGCCUCAUUUUCUUACUUGGAACUCUAAAGGAAUUUCAGAUGAUACCAUUAAGGCUUUACAGAUAAUUAUCCACACAUUUUGUUCUCAAAAUGAGUAUGUUAUUUUUAAGCUGACUUGAGUGUGUGUGUGUGUGUGUGUGUGUGUAAUGAUGAAAACAACAACAAUGGUGAUGAUAUUCACAAUGAUAGCUUCAAAUUCUACACUAUAUAACUGGAGUUACCUUCAUAACAUCCUCAUGCAAUAAAGAGGGAGAAGAAAAAAGAGUGAGCAAGAGGAACAGAUGGAGCUUGAGUGCUUCAUUAGAAACCACAAAGUGUACUUUCCCUGACUUUCUGUUAGUCCCAACCCCACCCUUGUUGACAGGAGGCAAGCAAGGUUGCUUCCUUGUACCUGACAGUGAAGUCAGAGGAAAAUGAAAUGUAAAACCUACAGAAUGAUGAUUUAAUUAGAGCUGGGAUUUUUAUUUAUUUCAUUAUUUUCAUUUAUUUCAUUAUUCAUAGGCUACCUUCCAUUGCAAAUACCAACAUAUUAAAACAUAAAACACUCCAAAUAUAAAAUCAUAAUACAAGACAACAAGUGUGCAAAUUAAGCACUGUGAUGCUUUUCAACAGCCGUGCCCAUUGAGAAACCUUAGACAGUAACAAUUCAUUCCCUGCAGAAUACAUUGUUGUGGGUAUUUAAAAGAAGACCACAUGCCUAGAAAGCACGGGGCCAGGAGGUUUUGCCUUUGCCCCACUGCUUUCCCCAGAGAAACCCACUCUUUACCGUUAAACUAGAGCAAACAGCAAUCCACAGGAAUCCCAAUUGCCAUUUGUUCCAAUUCAACCCCAAGCAGCAGGUUUUCCCUGGGGAAAGCAGUGGGACAAAUAAGUGUGGAUGAGCCCUGAGUCAAUUAACAUCUGCAGUGGGCUAAGAAACCACUGUUUCACUUCAGGCUCACAUGAAUGUAAUUCAGCAGUUUCACAUGGGAACCAACUUUUACAUAUCAUUGUUCAUGCAUGGCAACUUUAAGGUUAGCAGCAGAUUGUCCCAGCGGAAUGAAAUAUUCUCCUACUCUAUUUUAAACAUAUAUCUGUAGUAAGGUGUUUAAUUUCUUAUGAGUUCAUUUCCUAAAUUCUGGUGAUGUUUUGGGAUUCUGAUUAUGCCUCAGAGUAAACCUAAUAAAUGUGAUGUUUAUUUCAGAGGGGACUGUUACCUGAGCCACCACAAAAUUCCAGCAGGAUGACGAUGGUAAACAUUUCCUUAACAAUUUUACAAGAUUUAAACUGGCAUGUACACAGUUUAUUUAUUCACUCGUGUAUUUAGAGAUUUCCUAACUUGCCCUCACCAAAAAUGGUUGUACCACAGUUUACACCUAAAUAAGGCAAUACAAAACAUAAUAUAUAACAAAGAAAAACAAAGAGAGAGAGAGAGAGGAAGCUUCAAGUGUGAGUGAGAUUUGCAUUUCAAUAGGCAUAGUGGUGGGAGGCUCUUUGCCCAUCUUGCUUGCCCAACAAAAUGAUGGUGGCACAUAUGAAGGACAAAAUCUAGCGCCAAUGAUGAUAACAAUGGCUCAAUCCCUUAUCCAAUGAUUUAUUUAUUUUUUACAAAACUCUUACUGUAUUGAAACAAGACACGAGGGUGCAAUCUUAGUCAAAGGCAGGGAUCCUGCUCACAGUUUCUUUGAAAUUUCCACUACAACUGCUCACACUGCCAAAGAAGUAAGCUCUGCUUUAAGUUAAGGACUGUCGUACCCUUGGUUCUCAAAUGGAAUCUGUUCCGGAAGUCCGUUUGACUUCCAAAAACAUUUGACAACCAAGGCACAGCUUCCGAUUGGCUGCAGGAGCUUCCUGCACUCAAUCGGAAACCAUGUCAACCAUGUCGGACAUUCAGCUUCCAAAAAAUGUUCGCAAACCUGAACACUCACUUCCGGGUUUGCAGCGUUCAGGAUCCAAAACGUUCGAGUCACAAGGCGUUCGAGAACCAAGGUACGACUAUAAUGGGGUACCUUUCUGGCCAUUUUUAUCUGGCCUCUUCAUGCGGGCCAACUUUGGCAGGCAGAUGGGACAAUCCAUAUAAUGUCAUUAUGUCAAAACAUUAUUGGCAGGUGGGUUGUCUCAUCCCACUGCCAAAAUCCCUUGAUCCUCCACUCGCGGCUGCGGUAGCGGCGGGGUGAUCCUUCGCACACAGCUGCGGUGGUGUGAUCCUCCGCAUGGUGGCGGCUCACAGCAGCGUGCCCAGGAGUGGUGGGGCGGGCCCCCCGUGGUGUGCCUUUUUGUCACUCCCCUCAGAGAUGGCCCCCAAGGCAGCAUCCCCCCUCCCCCAUGCUAUGCCCCAGUGUAGCUAGCCAGGGGCAUAGGGGGCAGUCCGUACCAGGCAGCGGGGGGGUGGGGGGGUGUAGGGUGGUACGGUGUGUGCUGCAUUAGGGGGUUGAGAUUCUGUGUGGCAGGGGAGCCUGUGGGUGGCGAGGCUAUUCCUGGGCAUUUUGGGCAGAGCCACUUCCCUUCCCUGAAAUUGGCAGCUGCUGAACAACUCUGGUCUGCCCCAGGCCCUGGUGGGGGUUGCUACAUUGCUGAGUAUGUCUAGUGAUGGAGAGCAGAGAAAGAAACCUAUGUUUUGCAGACAUUGGAAGCAAAUGGGGCUGCCCCACCUAUAUGGUAUAAGGGGCUCAGACAGGGCUUCCCACCACCACCACAAAUGUUGGGGGGAGGUUGGAUUGAGUAAAUGAAGAAUGUCCUGAUAAAAUAAGCUCUGCUUCACAUAUGCAACUUAUAAAAGGAAUAAAAAAUAUAUAAAACAGGGGCAGAACCUGAAAAGUCAGUCAUGGCCAUUUAUUAGUGUUACCAGUGGUAGUCUAAUCAAUAGUGAGUCAUUUUACAAGGGAACCUUAUCUAAACUCUCUCUGCUUAUUUUAGGGUCCAAUAAAUGUUACUUGUGUUAGCUUCCUGCUCUUCAGGUUGUCACAUAUGUACUAAACUGAGAAAAUAGGAAGAUGCUGAGUAUAUAUCAUGUAAUAAACUGAAUAUAUUUAAAGAAUACUACCAGAGGAUAUUUGUUGCAUUAAAAUCUGUUUUCAAAAAAAUAUUCUUUUCCACACCAUUGUUUAUUUUGAUAAUCAUGAUAUGUCUGCCAGUUGAAUAUCCUUUUAAACCACAUUUCAGGGCAUUUGCCCUCACAAGGUGGGGUACAAGAAACACCACAUAUUAAAACUCACCCCCCCCCCCAUGCAUUUUGAUAAAUUUAUUUUUUACAGUGACUGUUUUUUCCUCUUCAGUCUGAACAUGAUGAUGUAUGUAUUGUAAGUAAGAAAGAAGAUUCACAGAUAUGCUGCAGUUCAUUUCCCAGAUGCUUUCAUGAAGAUUGCCAUAUUCCGAAAAUAUCUGCUGAGAAAAGGUAGUUUUUCCACCUCAGUUUCUGUAUUAAGGUGAUCUAUGAAAUAUGCUAUACAGUUUCUUUCUGUUUAUAUGCUAUACAGUUCUUUGUGCUUGAAAUACUUCUUUAAAUAGCCAUGUCAUUUAUUGCUUUCAUUGACUUUUUUGUGUUGUGAUACUUCUUGCUUUGUUUAUAGCAUGUCUGCUCCAGGUACUUCAGAUGAAAUUUUUCAGUGGUUCAGAGCCCAUAAAGUACAGAUUUCUUUGGCAAUCAAAGAUACUUUCCCUUUUCUCUAUCUCCUGCGAGACAAGAAAAGAAUAUCCGAAGAAGAUUUUAAGGUGAUUAUUAUAGGCAUUGAAUUUAUUUUUUAAAACUCCACCUGGACAUGUGAAGUCCAUCUAAACUAAGAGUGUGAAAUCUUUGUCCUUACAACCAGAAAGGUUUUCUGGGUUAUAGGUGGAGCACAGCAUGAGAGGCAGUGCAGUAUGGUGAACAGGGAGCCAGACUUGGAUGCAAAGAUCUGGACUCCAACUUCACUCAGUCAGGGUUGGACUAGAUGAUCCUCAGAGUCCCUUCCAACUUUAUGAUUCUAUGAUGAAGUUCACUGGGUGAACAUAGGCCAUUUGCACUCUCCCAGCCUAACCUUCCCCACAGGAUUCUGAGAGUAGCCUCCACUCAUCACUCCUGAGUUUCUUUAGGAGCAGUUGGUAUAAAAAUAUUCUAAUAACAACAAAAAACAUUGCAUGGAAGGAGAAACCUUACAAGUUAGUUACGGGUAGGUAGCCGUGUUGGUCUGCCAUAGUCGAAACAAAAUAAUUUUUUCCCCUUCCAGUAGCACCUUAGAGACCAACUAAGUUUGUUAUUGGUAUGAGCUUUCGUGUGCAUGCACACUUCUUCAGAUACACUGAAACAGAAGUCACCAGACCCUUAUAUAUAGUGAGAGGGUGGGGAGGGGUAUUACUCAGAAGGGUGGUGGGAAUGGGUGGUUGGCUGAUAGGUGUGGUAAACCUGUUGACGACUGUUAACGACUGCAAUUGGUCUUACAGGAAAAAGCAAGAGGUGGCUGAAAAUAGCUUUAUCAUGUAUAAUGAGAUAAGAAUCCAAUGUCUCUAUUCAGACCAGAUCUCUCCAAGGUUUUAAGUUUGGUAAUAAGUUGUAAUUCAGCAACUUCUCUUUCCAGUCUAUUUCUGAAAUUGUUUUGUAAUAAGACAGCUACUUCCUUACUAGUUAGUGGGGGAUGUGAGCCACAGGAAAAAACAAAGAAGACUAACCCCAUAACAGCAGCAGAUUGUGGCUUGUUUCUGAAGAACAAGUGGCCAAAUGCCUUGAGGCUUUCUCUGGCAUUGAUAAAAAGCAUAGGAAAGGACAUUAGCUGGUCUGAGGGAUGCUAAUUCUGCAGGGUAUUUGAAUCUGGCAAAGGAAGAUAAAACUGCCUUGACAAUUUUUGCUUCCUUUGAUUGUGCUGGGAUAACCAUCCAGUAAUCUGCUGUUAGAUCUGGUGGGAAAUGGAAAAGCUACUUUGCAUUUUCUCUCUAAAUAUGUUUUAAAAGUCUGUAUUGUUUCUUUCUAGAAUUGGUGUGAUAAGGUAACUGCAAAACCAAAUGAUAUUUCUAAAGUGGUAUGCGAUGUCCUUGAGAGCAUUCAGACCAAUGUGUUAGCAAUAGAGGAGAUCUUCUGCAAGGAGAACCUGGAAGCAUAUCAAAAUUUACAGCCAUUAUAUGAAAGCCUAGAAAAUGGUAAGUUAUCUUGUUUGCUAUGCUAAACCAAUAAAGUAAGCCUUAAAGAUAGAAAAGUCAUCAGCAUUUACUGAGAAAUGGUACAGUCUGUCUUUGGGCCACAAAAUCCCGUAGAAGCCAUGCAUUAACUUUGCCUCAGCCCUCUGCCUGUCUCCUGGGAUAUAAUAAUAAUAAUAAUAAUAAUAAUAAUAAUAAUGUAUUUUGUUUACUUUUUCCAAUAGAUUGCCUUUUAUUGUGAAGAAUAGCAAGGUGGUUUGCAAAGUAAAAUGAGUACACUAAAAUAAUUAAACAUGAACCAGAAUAUUCAAAACUCUUUACUAAGUCAAUACUAAGAAUUAAUGUCUAGGAAUGUCUGUAGUUUUUACCAACCAAUGUAUGUAUAUUUUUAUGAGCUGAAUAGAGUGAAAGAUUAUCAGUCAUUGGGGUGUGGAGAGUGUGUGCAUGAACUUAACAGUGAUUAGUUUACUUUUUGGUUGCUUUUUGAAGUAGAAGAGUUUGGAUUUGAUAUCCCGCCUUUCACUCCCUUUAAGGAGUCUCAAAGCGGCUAACAUUCUCCAUUCCCCCCCCCCACAACAAACACUCUGUGAGGUGAGUGGGGCUGAGAGACUUCAGAGAAGUGUGACUGGCCCAAGGUCACCCAGCAGCUGCAUGUGGAGGAGCAGAGACGCGAACCCGGUUCCCCAGAUUACAAGACUACCGCUCUUAACCACUACACCACACUGGCUCUCAAGAGCCAGUCUCAAGAGUGGAUUGAAGAAGAUGUCAGUAAUAAGAGGCCCUGGGCCAAAGUAGACUUCUGAAGAGCUGCUACCUGGGUCUCUCAGUAGUUCAGAAAAUAGCACUUGCGGUAACAGACCUUGCUAGAUCAAGCAUCGUCCUCUAAGGGCGUACAAUAUCCUUUUACUAGUAUAGCUGGUGAUGCCAACUUAGAAGAAAUCAAACCAAGCACUGUUAAGAUUGUGCCAACCUUACACCUGAACUUUACUUGAGGCUCUCAGCUCUUUUAUAAGCUUCAAAUAAUUUACAAUUCAUUUUAGCCAUUUAAUUUAACAUUAAGGUGGCAAUGCCCUUGUUUUCCUAACACGUGUCCUCUUCAGUUCUCCAGCAGGCUCAGAAUAGUUCUGCCGCAGUACCUGGGAGCAGCAAAGUACUCCAGGGAAAAAUGAGGAAACAUGCGUCCCCUGGGAAGCAACAAAGUGAGUUCAGUAAAAGUCCGUAAAUGAGGGACAGAGCAUCCUGUUUCAUUACCACAUUCUUGAUUAUUUGUGCUAGUAAAGCUAGCAGGACAGUCACAUGUAAUCUUGCUUUCAGUGAGUUUGUGCCUGCAAAGGUUUGGGGCAGUCACAGUGUUUUGUUUUCACUCUGACGUGAAUUCACACUUCGUACCACAUCCUCUUAGCAGGAUCAAUAAUCUGGUAAGACCACUGUCAUUCUCUGGAAGGCCAAAACAUGGGUAUUGUGACAGCUGACAUACAUUUCUUGAUUUCAUCUAGGAAAAGGCAUGCAGAAUAAUGAAAUACAAGAUUUGAGUGUUGAGGUCCGAACACUGAAAGUAUGCUGUGGAAGAAGUAAAGGUGUUUUCUAUAAGAAUAGAUUUACAGCAGGUAACCAUUUUGUUGGAAUAAUAUAAUUAUACAUGGGAUUGCAUCUGCUAAAGGAAUGUGAUACUAACAGCAGAUGAAAAUAUUUUGGUUGUGCAAUAGCACAAGGCCUGGCCAUGUUGCCCAGAAUGCCUGGCUUUGAGAAGAAGGAGCCUCUUGGGCUUUUCUCCGUGUCCAAGUGCAAAGGAGAUGUUGGAGAAGACCUGCUUAAGCCUCAUACUGAGAUUCCUUCCCAGCAUUCAUUCUAGGGCUGUGUCCCUCUGAUCUGCCCCAUAGCUCUGAUUUGGGAGGAGGGUGUCAGGUUGACCCACCUUGGAUCAACAUUGGGACCCCCACCCCACCUAGCAUUUAAGAUGCUUGCAAAAAGCACAAUGCAGCUGCAGGAUCAUAAUCCUGCUCCUUUGCAAGUGGCUUCUCUCAGAAAGCAGGCUCAGGUAGCAGGCUCCUUCCUAAUCCCAGAAGUCAGGGUAAGUCAGGGUCUUUUAUUGUGAUUUUCCUGCAUGAUGUCCACCUCUCCUUUCUGCCUAAUGCCCCACCCCUUGACAACCACUGAUUGCUCUGGGCCAUGCAGCCUGGCCUGUAGUGAUCUGUGUUUGUUGCUAUCUAAUUCGUCUGAUGCCAGAGUCCCUCCUAAUAUGACAGUUUUGGCCCAAGACUUGGCCAACUCUGGUGCACAGCCCUAGUUCAUGACACAAUCUUUGUUCAUAUCUUUUUUCCUAAGUAGAUAUUAGAAAAGAAUCUCCUGUUGGCCAAACUUCUUUCUCUCUUCAGUGAAAUUUGCCAGAUGGGAUAAGUGAGCCACAUUGAUGUGACUUAUCUGUUUGUCAUAGGUGUUUCAUGGAAAUGUAUCAAGGGUUCCGAUGGAAAAUGGUUCACACCAUCAGAAUUUAAGGCUAAAGGAGGAUAUAAAAGUUCAAAAGACUGGAGAAGAUGUAUCCGCUAUGGUGGGAUUUUCUUAGAAACAUUAAUAAAGGUAUGCAGUUCACGUAUAAUAAUCUGUUAAAAAAUCAGUUUUUACUUGUAAUGCCAAAGAAUUUCAGGUGAUAACAUCAAGGCUUUCCAGUUAUCCACAAAUUGUAUUCUUAUGACUGGUAUAAUAUCCUGCAUCACGUGUGAAUAAUUUUCAUGCACAGUUGUUGCAUGAAAAAAACAUUAUUCAAGUAUGGCCACCUUAAGAUCAGUAGCAAAGUGUCCUGGCAGAAUGACAUGUCCUCCUACUGACUUUUAAACAAUGAUAUAUAGUAAGGUGCUACUUAUGGUUCUAAUUUAUUUUGUGUUCAUUUUGAGUGCCUCAGAGUUAACCCAAUACAUGUGAUUGUUUCAGUGGGGAGAAAUACUGAAGCCACAACCGGAAUCCUCAAGAAUGCAGAAGGUAAAUAAUUACUAGACAUUCUUACCAGAUGGUUGUGUUUUCCACAUAUACGGCACACACAUGCACACACAUCAUUCCUUAAGAUAUUUCUGUGCCUCCCUGUUGCACAACCAGUCAGAUGUCCUGCCCAAGGCAAAUGGCUUGACCUGACCUCAUGGAUGGGCUUCACACAUGCAGCAUAUGAGGGGAGGAAAUCCAAAACAGGCAACAGAGAGAUCCUCUUUACUCGGAAGAUGAAAUGCCAACCAUGGCCAUUACUAGUGCUACCAAUGGCAGUCUAUCAGUGGUGAGAGCAUUUACAAGGGGACACUUGAUUACACACCCUCACCUUAGGGCCCAAGAAACGUUGCAUGCGUUAGCUUCCUGCACCUCUCGUUUCCACAAAAAAAUAUUGAAUUGAGAAAAGAGGAAGGAUCACAUUUAAAGGAAACUACUAGAUGUUAUCAGUUGAAGCAAAAAUAAAAAAGUCUGUUUCAAAUUAUUUUUUCUUCCCCACACCAUUACAUGUUUUGAUGAAGUUGAUAUACCUGCCAACUGUAUAUUCUUUAUUAAAGUAUUUUUAAACCUCCUUUCGGGGAAUAUUGACAAGAAAUACCACAUAUUACAACCUCUGUCUCUCUCUUACACACUCUCUUAUGCUUUCGGUAAUUUUAUUUUUCACAGUGACAGGAGUUGUUGUUUUUUCUUCUUCUCCAUUUCAGCCAGAUGACCUGUGUGCUGUGUGCUGUGUGUGCUGUGAGGAGAAAGGUCACUGAUACACUGCAAUUCAUGUCUCAGAUCUUUUCAGGAAGAUUGUUGAGAAAAAGCAGUUCACUUCAUGUCUCAUUAGCAGAAUGCAAAGUUGGUUUUUGACAGGCGAUGGUAAAAUAGAACUAAAUCAAGCAAUGGUCUCCAUAUAUAUCAAAGUGAAUGCUAUGAUUUCUUCUCCCUUUAGGGUUUGGUAAUUUCAGUAGAUGGGAAAGUAGUGGAAGUUAAAUUUGUUAAGAAAUUUUGGGAAGUGUUUUCUAUUCUGUAAGCAAUUACUUACGUUCCGUCUUCAGACUUGUGAGCCAUCCAUCCCAAAAGGUGCUAACUUGCUUGCUGUUUUUAAAACCUCUUAACUUUACCCUAUGCUUUCAUUUUAAAGUUAAGUGUCUAUGACCCAGAUAGACUGAAAACUUAGCAGUAACCUUGAUACCAAGCCAAAAUGUCCUUAGCAACUCUGUUUAGUGACAGCAUAAUUGAAAGGAUGUGCAUAUGUGUAUGCAUUCGGAGGGGUUUUUUGUUUGUUUCCACGGGCUAAGAACAAAGAACUGAGCUUGGGGCUGGUAAAUGAGAGGUGUGAAGAAUCAAGCUGGAACUGUGAUGCAAGCAAAUCUGGACUUUGCUGCUUGCACUGGCCUCAUGAAACGAGGAGAGGACAACAUUAGGACAACCCUGGAUUUGGGCAAUGGAUUUUGCUGCUUUUGCAACAUUAUGGGAUUCUGGAUCCUGUUGGAGAGGACGUUGCUUCCCAUCUUUGUCUAUGUAAAACCUCUGUCUCAGUGUCAUUUGGGAGAAGGCUACCCAGCAAACCUCUAUAGACAGGACCAGGGCUAGACAUUUGACACCUGAGGCAAACCACCAAAUGGUGCCCCCCACCCCCCGGCCAGGGAAGAAGGGGUGAGUGAAGAUGUACACCAGGAAGAAGUGGGGAAUAAAUAUUGACAUUGGGAUCUGCUACGCCUGUGGAUCCUGCCGCCUGAGGCAGUCAUCUCACCUGACCUCGUGGAUGGGCUGGCCUUGUCCAUAGCGGCAAAUGUGUCUGCAACACCUUCUCAUGCCUCAGUCUUUUUCUAUUUUUGCUUGUUGCAAGGAUCACUGACCGGGAUCCUUUGUAUGUAUAAGUAUCACUCCAUCCUUGGUAUGUGUAUGGAUUAGGGUUAGUCUGCUUAGAUAGGAUGACUCCUUCACUCCAAUUUUUAUUUACCCUUUUCCAGGGUAAAUCUCCACAACAGAAAGGAUGCCCAGUCUGUAAAUGUUUGAUCAGGAAAUAAAGCUUUUCAACUUUUGUCUGGC